GAAAAACACCCCAACUCACCAAUGACAGCAAAGCAGAUCUUGGAAGUCAUUCAGAAAGAAGGAUUAAAAGAAACAAGUGGAACCUCUCCAUUAGCCUGUCUGAAUGCAAUGCUUCACACUAACACUCGAAUAGGGGAUGGAACAUUCUUCAAAAUCCCUGGAAAGUCAGGCCUCUAUGCUCUCAAAAAAGAGGAGUCGUCAUGCCCAGCUGAUGGAACAUUGGAUUUAGGCUGUGAGUCUGAAUUAGAUGGCACAGAAAUGGCUGAGGCAAAUGCUAAUGGAGAGGAAAACGGAGUUUGUGCAAAGCAGGUAACUGAUGAAGCGUCUUCCACUCGAGAUUCAAGCCUUACUAACACAGCAGUGCAAAGCAAGUUAGUGUCUUCCUUUCAGCAACACACCAAAAAGGCUCUUAAGCAGGCUUUGAGGCAGCAGCAGAAAAGAAGAAAUGGAGUCUCAAUGAUGGUAAACAAGACUGUUCCUCGUGUUGUUUUGACACCAUUAAAGGUGUCUGAUGAACAGUCAGAUUCGCCUUCAGGAUCCGAAUCUAAAAAUGGUGAAGCAGACAGUUCAGAUAAAGAAAUGAAACAUGGGCAAAAAUCUCCCACUGGAAAACAAACAAGUCAGCACUUAAAACGAUUAAAAAAGUCUGGUUUAGGACACUUGAAAUGGACCAAAGCUGAGGACAUUGACAUAGAAACCCCAGGAUCUAUUCUUGUCAACACUAACUUGAGAGCAUUAAUAAAUAAACAUACGUUUGCUUCCUUACCUCAGCAUUUCCAACAAUACCUCCUGCUUUUGCUUCCAGAAGUAGACAGACAGAUGGGAAGUGAUGGGAUUUUACGCCUCAGUACUUCAGCUCUAAAUAAUGAAUUCUUCGCCUAUGCAGCACAAGGGUGGAAACAGCGGCUGGCAGAAGGAGAGUUUACCCCAGAAAUGCAGUUGCGAAUAAGGCAAGAAAUUGAGAAGGAAAAGAAAACAGAACCUUGGAAAGAAAAAUUCUUUGAAAGAUUUUAUGGAGAAAAGUUGGGCAUGUCGAGAGAGGAAUCUGGGAAGCUCGCUUCCGGACCAAACAACGAUGGAGCUGAAAGCAGUUCCUCAGGUGGGACCUCUGGUCUCUCAGGCUCUUCUGCACAGACACCCUCGGAAGAGCAUCAGCUGAAAAGCCUGCUUUCCCCAGAGCCUGGUUUCUGUGCCACACUUUGUCCUAUGGUAGAGAUUCCGGUGAAAGAUGUAAUGGCGGAUUCUGAAUCAGAGGAUAUCUUGAUCCCUGAAGAAUCUGUGAUUCAGGAGGAAAUUGCAGAAGAGGUGGAGACUAGUAUCUGUGAAUGCCAGGAUGAAAAUCACAGGACAAUACCUGAAUUUUCUGAGGAGUCUGAAAGUACAAACAACUCCCAUGAAGAGUCCCAAAUCUUACCUCCUGAAGAUAACUUGGAAUCCUGUGUUAUGAUGAAUGAUGUUUUAGAAACUUUGCCGCAUAUUGAAAUUAAGGUGGAAGAGAAACCAGAAUCUCCCCAGGAAGAAAUGUCAGUUGUUAUUGAUCAGGUAGAAAUCUGCGACUCUCUUGUACCUUCCACUUCAUCUGUGACUCACUUCAGAGACAUAGAACCUAAGGAGCCAGAAACUGCAAUAGAGACCAAUACUUCAGAAAUACAAACAGGGUCAUCUUCUUUAGAAGGGCAAUUUCCAAAUGAAGGAACUGCGGUAGAUAUGGAACUACAGAGUGAUCCUGAUGAACAGCUUUCUGAAAAUGCUGGCAUAUCUGAUACUUCCUUGUCUUCUGAGAGCCCAGAAGGAGCCUGUCCCAGCCUGACAUCCCCAGGUGGGGAGACCCAAUCCACUUCAGAAGGAUCAUGUACUCCAGCCUCCCUCGAGACAGCAUUUUGUUCUGAGGUGUCCAGCACUGAAAAUACAGAUACGUGUAAUCAGAGAAAGCCCACUGAUGAAAACCUCCAUGCAUCUUUGAUGUCAGAAAUAUCUCCAAUAUCCACUUCACCGGAGAUAUCAGAAGCAUCUCUUAUGUCCAGCUUGCCUUUAACGUCAGAAGCAUCCCCAGUAUCCAACUUACCUCUGACAUCAGAGACAUCACCGAUGUCUGAUUUACCUUUGACAUCAGAACCUUCUUCAGUGUCGUCCAUGCUUCUCACAUCUGAGACCACAUUUGUAUCCAGUUUGCCACUUCCUGCAGAAACCUCUCCAAUUUCUAAUUCUUCCCUGAGCGAAAGAAUGGUGCAUCAACAAAGAAAGUCACCUUCCAUGUCUGAAGAACCACUCUCCACACAGAGAGAUGAAGUUUCUGUCCCAGCCAAACCCUUGGGAGAGAGCCUUCUUUCUCAGCAGAAGACUCUAUCACAUUCUCCUGAACCUGUCAAAAUGGGUUCUUCUUCCAUUGCUCCUGAAGCGUUUCCACUUGAAGAAUUGCACAAUAAGACCCUGAAUCAGCAGCCUUGUAAAUCAUAUGCCGAAACUGAGAAGCCCUACCCUCCUAUCCCAGAACUUCCUUCUCCAGAUAUGAUAAAAGCUACAAGUCAUAGUGUCCUGCAAAGAACAGAAAAGAAAGGAGUGUCCUCACCAUUGGAAUUAUCUGUCUUUUCUGAAGAGGCAGAGAGUAAAGGAAGUGAGCUUCCAUCAGCUAAAUUACAGGACAAGCCAUAUCCUUCGUCAGUGGAUAAGACUUCGUUUUCAGAAGGCCCUAGAAAUAGAACACAUAAGCAAGGAAGCAUGCAGAAUCGAUUGGAGACCUCACAUACUUCCAAGUCAUCAGAGCCCUCCAUGUCACCCGACGGGACAAGAAAUGAAAGUAGAGAGUCAGAAAUAUCAAAAAGGAAAACUGCAGAGCAGCACAGCUUUGGAAUCUGUAAGGAAAAGAGGGCUAGGAUAGAAGAUGAUCAGUCAACCCGUAACGUAUCAUCUAGCAGCCCACCUGAGAAAGAACAGCCUCCAAGAGAGGAGCCCAGGGUUCCACCUCUCAAGAUCCAGCUUUCCAAAAUUGGACCACCUUUUAUUAUCAAGAGCCAACCCAUCUCUAAACCAGAGUCCCGAGCAUCCACUAGCACAUCCAUGAGUGGUGGGAGGAACACGGGAGCCAGGACCCUCGCAGAUAUCAAGGCCCGUGCCCAGCAAGCAAGGGCUCAGCGAGAGGCUGCUGCUGCCGCCGCUGUAGCCGCUGCCGCAAGCAUCGUCUCUGGAGCCAUGGGGAGCCCAGGAGAAGGUGGAAAAGCAAGAACUCUGGCACAUAUCAAAGAGCAGACAAAGGCUAAGCUCUUCGCCAAGCAUCAAGCCCGAGCCCACCUCUUCCAGACCACUAAAGAGGCUCGGUUGCCCCAGCUCAGCUCCAAGGAAGGGCUUCCAAACUUAGAAGUCUCUUCUACUCCAGAACCAAAAAUUGAAGGUUCAACUGGUGUCAUUAUUGUUAAUCCAAACUGCAGAUCUCCCAACAACAAGUCAGUGCACCUCCGGGAGACCACCACUGUAUUACAGCAGUCUCUUAACCCACCUAAAGCUCCAGAAACUGCCACUGACUCAUCUGUGCAUAGUUCUGACGACAAUAUACCUGUGUCACAUUUAUCUGAGAAAAUUGUUUCAUCUACCUCUUCUGAAAAUAGCAGUGUGCCCAUGCUUUUUAAUAAAAACUCUGUCCCCGUGUCUGUCUGCAGCACUGCUAUGUCGGGAACAAUUAAAGAACAUCCCUUUGUGGGUUCUGUCGAUAAAUCCUCUGUUUUAAUGUCUGUUGACAGCGCAAACACUACCAUUUCUGCUUGUAAUAUAAGCAUGUUAAAAACCAUCCAGGCAGCUGACACUCCAUGCAUAGCCAUUAUACCAAAAUGUGUUGAAAAUGCUCCCAUUCCAGCCGCUACGGAGAGCUCAAGCAUAUCGAGCUCUGUGGAUGAAAAGCAGUUGCUGAUAUCGAGCAGCAGUGCUAGUAGCUUAGUCUCCAGUCCAUACACCUCUGUGCCAACUCCCUCUCUUGGAAAUAAUUUGCCAAACCAUCUCUCCACUAGCUCUGUCUUGAUUCCCCCAACAGGAAUUAACAACCGAUUUCCUUCUGAGAAGAUAGCCAUACCUGGGAGUGAAGACCAGGCCACCAUAUCCAUGGGUACCACUGUGAGAGCGGCCCUCAGCUGCAGUGACUCUGUCGCAGUCACAGACUCUCUGGUUGCACGCCCACCCAUUGCAAUGUUUACUGGGAACAUGUUCACGAUAAACUCUUAUGAUAAUCCUCCCAAGUUAAGUGCUGAAAGCUUGGACAAAAAUGCAGGGCCUCAAACCAGAGCAGAUAAUUCUGGAAAACCUCAGCAACCACCAGGGGGCUUUGCACCACCAACCAUUAACAGAUCAAUCCCGUGUAAAGUCAUCGUGGACCACAGCACCACUCUGACCUCCAGUUUGUCUCUGACUGUCUCCAUUGAAGGUGCAGAAGCCAGCUUGAACCUCCAGAGCAGGUCAGUGAGGACAGAGGCACCCAUACAACCCAUGGCAUGUCCCCAGGUGUCAGUUAUUAGUAGGCCCGAGCCAGUUGCAAAUGAAAGCAUAGAUCAUGGUUCCAGUUUCAUUGCUGCCUCUGCAGCAAAACAAGACUGUAAAGCCUUGCAGGCCACCUGCACAAGUCUCCAAGAAUUACCCCUUGUUGUCCCAGACAAAUUGAAUGAGGUGCCUGUGCCUAGUCGUAGCUUUCCUGAGCAGACAUGUGGCCCAGCUACUUUCAAAAGUGAAGCAGACACAACCUGUAGCAAUCAGUAUAACCCAGGCAACCGGAUUUGCUGGAAUGAUGAUGGAAUGAGGAACACGGGACAGCCUCUGGUUAGCCACUCGGGUUCAAGUAAACAGAAAGAAUAUCUAGAACAGAGCUGUCCAAAGACUAUCAAAACCGAACACGCCAGCUACUCCCACGUGCCAGAACUUCACACCAGGAAUCUUAUAACAAAUGUCACACUCCCUGUAAAAUCCGAACCUCAUGAAGUGGACAAGGGCUUUAGAAUGGACACUGAAGACUUUCCUGGACCUGAGCUGCCACCUCCAGUGACAGAGGUAACCUCUGGUGUGCAGCAAACACAGAACACAAAGGCUUCCAGCUCCAGCUCCAGCUCCAGCUCCAUGGAAGAGGCAAUUUCCUUGGCUACAGACACCCUGAAAAGGGUUCCUAGCACAGGGAGCACAAGCUGCCGUCUGUCAUCCGUGGAGGCUAACAAUCCGCUGGUGACACAGUUACUACAGGGCAACCUGCCUUUGGAAAAAGUGUUGCCGCAGCCCAGACUGGGAGCCAAGCUCGAAAUUAACAGGCUUCCUUUGCCUCUUCAAACUACCUCAGUGGGUAAAACAGCACCAGAGAGGAACAUUGUGGAAAUGCCAUCCAGCUCUCCAAAUCCAGAUGGUAAGGGCUACUUGGCGGGAACUCUUGCACCACUCCAGAUGAGAAAGCGAGAAAACCACCCCAAAAAGAGGGUGGCCAGGACUGUUGGGGAACACGCUCAAAUCAAAUGUGAACCAGGGAAGCUGUUGGUGGACCCAGAUGUGAAAGGGGUGCCUUGUGUCAUAAACUCCAGCAUGAACCAGCUAGGACACAGCCAGCCAUUUAAACAAGAGUGGCUCAACAAGCACUCGGCGCAAAACCGAAUUGCCCACAGCCCUGAGGUCAAACAGCAGAAGCGGCUGCUCCCCUCCUGUAGCUUCCAGCAGAACCUAUUUCAUGUUGACAAGAAUGGCAGCUUCCACCCUGAAGCUGCUACCUCACACAGACAGCAGUUUUACCAAAUGCCUAUGGCUGCAAGGGGCCCCAUGCCUACUGCAGCCCUGUUACAGGCCUCUUCCAAGACCCCGGCGGGCUGCAGUGCGUUUGCCUUCAACAGGCAUCUUGAACAGAAGGGAUUGGGAGAGGUCGGUGUUUCUUCAGCACCUCACCAGCUAAGGUUAGCCAACAUGUUAUCUCCCAGCAUACCCAUCAAAGAAGGCGAUGACGUGGGGGGCGCUGCACACGCAAUGCCAAACAAAGCACUCGUGCAUCCCCCACCCCCGCCACCUCCCCCUCCCCCUCCCCCUCCCCCCCUGGCUCUACCCCCACCGCCCCCACCACCACCUCCACUACCUCCACCUCUUCCUAAUGCAGAAGUCUUGGCCGAUCAAAAACAGCCACCAGUUACCAUGGAAACCACUAAAAGACUUAGUUGGCCACAGUCUGCAGGCAUAUGUAGCAAUAUCAAAUCGGAACCUCUUUCUUUUGAGGAAGGCUUAAGCAGCAGCUGCGAACUGGGCAUGAAACAAGUUUCCUAUGACCAGAAUGAAAUGAAAGAACAGUUGAAAGCAUUUGCUCUAAAAAAUGCAGAUUUCUCUUCCUAUUUGCUUUCUGAGCCGCAAAAGCCUUUUACCCAAUUAACUGCUCAGAAAAUGCAGGUGCAGCAACAGCAGCAGCUCUGUGGAAAUUACCCCACAAUACACUUUGGUAGCACGAGCUUCAAAAGGGCAGCAUCAGCAAUUGAAAAGUCCAUUGGGAUUUUGGGAAGUGGCGCCAAUCCUGCCACGGGCCUGCCUGGUCAGAACACUCAGAUGCCUGUCCAGAACUUUGCCGACAGCAACAACGCCGAGGAGUUGGAACUGAAAUGCUCUUGCCGGCUGAAAGCCAUGAUUGUGUGCAGAGGCUGUGGGGCCUUCUGCCAUGACGACUGCAUAGGGCCUUCAAAACUCUGUGUAGCUUGCCUGGUUGUACGAUAAGAGCUAAGUUAAGUGAAAGAUGCAGUAUCCCUUUUGACCACGGAAAAGCCAAGCGGCAUCAGCAACAACAAAUUGAAUAACUUGGUGUUUUAUUUCAUGCUAAUUUAUUUUAGUUUGUAGCAUGUUCUCUUUGCUCCAUGGGAUUAUUGUUCUCUUGCAUUCCUUGUAGAGGGGAGGGUGCAUCCCAACCGAAUGGUUCAGCAGCAUGCCUUUUACAAAUUCAGUUGCCGUUCCCCAGCUUCCGGAAGUUUCGGACCAUGUGUAUACAGGUCACUGCCCAACAGGUCACUGCCCAAUUCCUUUUUUUUUUUUUUUUGCCUAGGUGUAGGUAGAUGCCCUUGGGUGGUGUAAAUGGUUAAUACGUUCGGCUGCUAACCAAAAAGUUGAGGUUCGAGUCCACCCAGAAGUGCCUCCAUGGCAACUGGUUGGUGGUUGUAGCCAGGAAAAGGAAAAUUUUACUUUAUAAUAACCAGAAAUGCUGAUGUAGAAAGACAAUGGUCAAAGUGAUCGAAGGUGAUUUUGCAGUCUUCUAUAGAUUAGCUGUUACAGCAAGAGUUGUCACAAUGGACUCUCCCGGACCUGCCUUUACCACCCUGAUUAAAUUCUCCUUGGAAAGGGGAAUCUGAUUUAAAUGUAUGAUUCCUUGUGUUUACUCAUAUCAUAGAAGAUGAUACAUUAAAGGAGGUAUAUUAUUGAAACCCACUGUCAUUAUUUUUCUUCCCUCUGCUGUUACAGACUGUGACAGAAUAUCUGGCUCUGCCCUGGGUUUUUGUAUGUGCAGUGUAGUAAAGUGUGUCUUAGACUUGAAAUUGUAACGUGGGCCUCAAGUCCAGUCAUCCGGUUCUGGCCCUUUAUCACCUGAUAAUGUAAGAUCGUUGGCCAAUGGAGAGUGGUAGGCCCAUAUGCUUUUAAGAGCAAUUGUGAAAAAGAAAUGCCUAAAAUGAAAAACAAACAAAUAAAAUGCUAUAUAUGCAAGAAAUAUAUAAAUAGGCUGGUAAUGUAAAUAUUAGACCAUUUUGUUCAUUCUGAUAUAAUUACUAGAUAUUAAAAUUUGGAGGGAGGUUACUGUAGCCCUUUUUUGAUGACACCAGUGUGUUCUGGCCUUUGUAGAGGUUGGCCACCUCUUUUUCACAGUGUCAUUGAUGAUAAAAGGGACUACAGAAGGCUAAAGUGUUGACCUUCUUUUGAACACUUUUUUUCUCAUGAUUUAUGGUCUAUAUAAAUAUAUUUGACUCUGAAAAUAGCCCUCAUUUUAAUAAUUGUUCUCGGAAUUGCUUAUUUUAUUUUUUUCCUCAGGUCCGUUCAAUGCAUUCUUCAUAUUCAGGGGGAGUUGGAACUGCUUUUGAAAAAGGGAUACUGCAUCUUACAACUAUCGUCAGUGUUUAUCCAGUAAAGCCCGAGUGUUGAGUAUUUUAGCGACUUUCCAUAUACUUUGGCCACCAUCAGCCGGAAACCAGCUGUAGUUCAGGAGGCCCUGUUCCCUAAAGCAAGUUCAAAAGCACAUGCACACUGUGGGAAGAUGAAAGAAAACAAAAAACAUGCCCUUUUAACUUCAGAUUACAGAGCACAAAACAUGGAUUGCCAUUAACCCAUUGAUUGAUUGUGGCCGUGGAAUAAAAACAAAAGCAUGGAGGAAAAUCAUUUUUGUUCCAGGGUAAGAAAUGACAGGUAUUUUCACAUGGGAUCAUCUUGAUCAAUGUAAACUUUUCAACAUUCACUUAAAAUGUCUUAAAGAUUAACUGGAAUGAGCAGAAAUUACAUUCCUGCGGGGUGGG